AUGGAAAGCGAAGAAAACAGUGGAAAGGGAAAACAAAAAAGAGGAGCGAACUUCAGCCUCAGCGACCGCAAAAACUUGUUGAAACUGUCCAACAAAUUUAAGGCAGUGAUAGAAAAUAAAAAAACGGAUGGAGUUACUUGGAGACAGAAGGAAGAAGCGUGGAUAAAAAUUGAAAGAGAAUUCAACUCAUUUACAACUGGAGUGCCACGAACAGCAAAACAGCUAAAAACAAAGUAUGAGGCCAUUAAGAAGGAGCUGAAAAAAAAAUAUAGCAGCCAUAAGUGCUAUAUGCUUGGAACAGGUGGUGGUGCUUCAAAAGAAGAACCCAAACCUGAGACUGAAGAAGAGAAGGAACUAUUACAAACUAUCAUAGUUUCUGUUGAGGGUGUAAGAGGAGUUGAAAUUGAGGAGAUUGAAAACAGCAGUGUGAUAGUAGAAACGCAUGAAGAUAUUGAGUGGAACACACCCAGUACUUCCUACCUUCAAACACACAUUCAUCCAGCUUUGAAAGUAUCAAGGCCGAAUGUGCUACAGGUGGACGUAAGUGGAGAAGAUAUGGAAGUAACCGACCAUAAUACUGACAGUAUCAGUGUAGCAGAGACUCCCAGCUCUAAAAGUAUCUGUGAAAUAUUUCUUAUAAAUAUAGAGCCAUGGUCAUGUCGGCGAAGACCAGUAAUUAAGAAAAAGAAAAGCAUGUCUUCUGCUUCUUCGAAAUUUGAAGAACUGGCUAUGAAGAAGUUAGAGCUGGUGAAUUUGCAAAUGUCGAUUGCAGAAGAAAUAAAAAAGCAAAAUGCUGCAGAGCAUAAAAUAAAAAUGGAAAACCUGAAACUGAAGCAAGACAUUUUGAAAAUGGAACUGCAGAUUAGAACAAAUGAUAAAUUAUAA